CCCCUGUUGCAACUGCUAGUUAAUAUAUGUUUUAAAACGCUUUCCAAUUUAAACAAAACUGUAAGAUAAAAAUAAUGGCGGCAGAACUCCUACUGUGAAGGACACGAAAGUCUCUUGUGCGGAAGGGUCUCUGUGAAGUGACAGGGAUCUCAAAUACAUUACGAUUUUAAUGAAUAAGGUGGGAGGAAGAGCAGCGGGAAUCGAUCCCGUCUUCUCCUCUAUCUCUGUUGAUCACUCUCAAUCUGUAACGGUGAAAUGGCUCGAGGCUAUGCAUUCAUCUGCUUUUCUUCCGCCUGAAACACAAUCCCACGCCUUCAACCGCACUCUACUUCUCCGUCAUUUGACAGUCGAUCAUGUGGAGCCUGGCCUUGUCAUUUCGACUCUCAAAGUCAAGCCCUCCAUUGCGAAUGUAUAUGAUACAUUGCAUGGAGGAGCGGUGGCAAUGAUUGCGAGUAUUAUGGGAUUGGCGGCUGUGAAGACGGUUGCCGGAGAUAAAGAGUUUGUACAGACUGAAAUUAACAUUUCUUGCCUGUCUGCUGCACGCAUUGGAGUUGAAUUGGAGGUUGAAGCAAAGGUGUUAAAGUUGGGAAAGAGUAUAGCAACAACCUCCAUUGACAUAAGAAACAAGGAUUCAAAACAAGUAACAUUUCAAUGUCGAUGCACAUUUUAUAGCAUGCCAACAUCAUGCAUAUGAUAUUUAUUCUUUAUUUUGUACACCAUUGGGGAUCAAAUUGUAAAAUUUUCAUAUUGUGCAAAAAAAUAUUAUUCUAGAGUUAGAAUGGUGGAAUAAUACAAUGGUAUUAUUAUUUCUCAACUUUAAUUUGACAAUGUGAUUAUCAAAAUAAUAUGUCACUCAUGCUUGUUUGGUAGGCUUGUUUUUUAACUAGUUGGUAUAGUAAAGUAUAAAUCUUAGAAGGUAGAUCACAUAUACAUGGACGUUAUAUGUAUAAUGAUAUCUUAAUUAGGAAAGAUAUUGGCAUGCAUUUUGGUGUAUCUUUAGUGCAUUAUAUAAUUGCUAGUUUGGGGCACUAGUACAAGCCUUAUUUUUGGAGCAUUAUUGCAAACCAUGUUUUGGCUUGUAUUUGAGUUACAUUUGUGACUAUUUGGCACAAAAUUUGUCUCAUUAAUGCAACUUCCUUUUUUA